AUGUCCAAAUUCACCCAGCAACCCACAGACGAUAUCUGUAUCGCGACCAUCCGUGCGCUCGCCGCGGAUGUUGUUGGCAAGGCGAACUCUGGCCAUCCCGGUGCUCCAAUGGGAAUGGCGCCCGUUUCGCAUGUGCUGUUCUCCCGUUUUUUUAAUGCGAACCCCAAGAACUCAAAGUGGUACAACCGCGAUCGAUUUGUUCUAUCGAACGGACAUGCCUGUGCGCUGCAAUACAUCCUACUCCAUUUGAUGGGGUAUAAGUUGUCUAUGGACGAUCUUAAGCAGUUCCGCCAGCUGAACUCCUUAACGCCUGGCCACCCCGAGGCUGGACAUACCGAUGGCAUUGAGGUCACUACAGGACCACUUGGCCAAGGAUUCGCAAAUGCUGUCGGUUUGGGAAUUGCCCAAGCCCAUAUGGCUGCAACCUUUAACAAGGAUGGAUUCGAUCUGGUCAACAACUACACAUAUGUGUUCACGGGUGAUGGAUGUUUAAUGGAGGGUGUUGCCAGUGAAGCCGCCAGUUUGGCUGGCCACUUGCAGCUAGGAAACUUAAUUUACUUCUAUGAUGACAACCACAUCUCUAUCGAUGGCGACACUGCUGUUGCGUUUACUGAAAAUGUCGAACAGCGCUUCCUUUCCUAUGGUUGGCAAGUUCUCCACGUCGAUGAUGGUGACCAUGACCUAGAGGGAAUUUACAAUGCCAUCGUCGAAGCGCAAAAGGUGAAGAACAAGCCUACCUUAAUCCGCCUCAGAACCACGAUAGGCUACGGCUCCAAGCAGCAAGGCACUCACGGGGUCCAUGGUGCUCCUUUGAAGGCGGAUGACAUCCAGGCCUUGAAGACCAAAUUCGGCCUCCCUGCUGAUCAGUCAUUUUACGUCCCAACAGAGACCUACAAAGUUUACGGGGAGAUUGCAAUCCGUGGCGCAGCGCUCGAGAAGAAGUGGGAUGCACUUCUCGCCUCUUACGGCCAGAAAUAUCCCAAAGAGUAUGCAGAACUCACUCGGCGUAUUGCCGGCAAACUGCCUGAUGGUUGGGAGAAGUCGUUGCCAACGUACACUGCGUCAGAUGCGGCCCAGGCGUCCCGCAAACUGUCAGAGAUUGUGCUCACUGCUAUCACCCCAGUUCUUCCGGAAUUGAUGGGCGGUUCUGCUGACCUCACGGGCAGUAACUUGACGAGGACGAAGGCCAUGGUAGACUUCCAGCCCGAGAGUACAGGUCUCGGAAACUACAAGGGAACGUACAUUCGAUUCGGUGUCCGUGAGCACGGUAUGGGUGCUAUCGCGAACGGCAUGCACGCAUACGGCGGUGUUACUCCUUUCGUUGCGACGUUCAUGAACUUUGUGUCGUAUGCUGCAGGUGCAGUCAGGCUGUCGGCAUUGAGCAAACACCAGGUCAUCUGGGUUGCUACCCACGAUUCUAUUGGUCUUGGUGAGGACGGACCCACCCAUCAGCCUAUAGAAACUGCUGCGCAUUUCCGUGCGACCCCAAACCUCGACUUCUGGCGUCCAGCUGACGGCAAUGAAACCUCUGCCGCAUAUUACGUCGCCCUGACACGCAGGGAAACUCCUUCUAUCUUGUCGCUUUCGCGUCAGAACCUCCCGAACCUUGAGGCCUCCUCGAUUGAGCGCGCGGCCAAGGGGGGAUAUGUUGUACAUGAGGAACAGAGCGAGGACUUGACUAUUGUCAGCUGCGGCAGUGAAGUCAGUAUUGCUCUAGAAGCCGCUUCUCUCCUGAAGGCGCAGGGCGUCAAGACGCGGGUCGUCAGUCUUCCGUGCUGGUCCAUCUUCGACUCACAGCCUGCGGAGUAUCGCCUGAGCGUGCUCAGGAGCGGCGCGCCUAUUCUAUCCGUCGAAGCUCUCUCGACAUUCGGCUGGCAGAAGUACAGCCAUGAGCAAUUUGGUCUUUUCGGCUGGGGUGCGUCUGGCCCGUACCAGAAGGUGUAUGAGAAGUUCGGAAUCACUGGUCCUAACCUUGCGGCCGUGGGCAAGAAGAUUGUCGCCUUCUACAAGCAAAAGGGAGGAGAGGUUAUUUCGCCCCUGGUCAAGGCGAUUUGA